AUGCACCCUCUCACUGCUUUGGUGGCAGGCCUCGGCCUCGCCGCCGCCGGUGUCCCGACGCGGCGGGCGACUACGACGUACGGCCUCCAGAUCUCGUACGACGGCGCCAACUUCUUUGACGGCUUCGACUUCUUCACGCAACCCGACCCGACGCACGGCUUCGUCCAGUACGUCGACCGCGCCGCCGCUCAGCAGGCCGGCCUCAUCCGCACGGACGGCGACGGCGCCACGUACAUGGGAGUCGACUACAAGACGGUCAACCCCUCGGCCGGUCGUCAGUCGGUCCGCAUCACGUCCAAGCAGGCCUUCACCAAGGGCCUCUUCCUCGCCGACAUCAGCCACAUGCCCGGCGCCAUCUGCGGCGUCUGGCCCGCCUUUUGGAUGUUUGGCCCCAACUGGCCGACGUCGGGCGAGAUCGACAUCAUCGAGGGUGUCCACACGCAAACCUCGGCCAUCGUCUCCCUCCACACCGGACCCGGCUGCGAGGUGAACAACGCCGGUUCGCUCCAGACGACGUCGAUGAGCAAGUUCAACUGUGCCGAGCAGGGCGUCGGCUGCAGCCAGAAGUCGACGGACACACAAAACUACGGCAACGGCUUCAACGGCGUCAACGGUGGCGUCUAUGCCACCGAGUGGACCUCGGACCACAUCGCCGUCUGGUUCUUCCCUCGGAGCGGCAUCCCCGCCGACAUCUCGGCCGGACAUCCCAACCCUUCCUCGUGGGGGCUUCCUCUGGCCCGCUUCGCCAGCAGCGGCCAGGGCUGCGACAUUGACUCGCACUUUCGCGACAACAAUCUCGUCUUCGACACCACCUUUUGCGGCGACUGGGCCGGCGCCGUUUGGGACACGACCCCCGAGUGCAAGGCCAAGGCGACGACGUGCACCGAGUACGUUUCCAAGAACCCGGCCGAUUUCGAGGACGCCUACUGGAAGGUCAACUCGGUCAAGGUCUACCAGCUGACCGACGCUCCUGCUCCUGCUCCUGCUCCUGCUCCUGCGCCUGCGCCUGCGCCUGCUCCUGCUCCUGCUCCUGCGCCUGCUCCUGCUCCUGCGCCUGCUCCUGCUCCUGCGCCUGCGCCUGCACCUGCGCCUGCGCCUGUUCCUGCACCUGCUCCUGCGCCUGCUCCCGAGCCCACGUCGGCACCCCCUGUGGACAACAACAACAAUAACGAUAACCACUACACCGGUGGCAAUGAUGCCAGCGGUGCUCCGGACACCAUCGUUGACAGCAAGGGCAACCGCUUCACCAAGCUGGGCAGUUUGGACGCCGAUGGCAACUUGCUCGACAACAACGGCCAACGGGCCGUCGUGGGCACGCUGGAUGCCGAUGGUAACUUGGUUGCCAAAGUUCGCCGGUCGCGGCCCCGGAGGCUCCGAAAGCUUUUCCGCCACAACCAAGAGUAA